CUAUUCUACUCCAUCCUCAUCAUGGUGUCUUUCAUGCUCUCGAGUCUUCUCAGCGUCUUUACAGUCAUCGGCGGAGUGUUGUCUGUGCCUCUUGUGGACACGACACUUUCAGCUCGUACAAUCGCUCCACCUGCAGCCCCUCGCUUCGUCAUUUACAGCGACGAGUGGGUCGAUGGUGAGGACGGCCCUCCUGAUGUCAGCGAAGUCACGGGGUAUAAUGUCUUUGCUCUAUCGUUCUGGCUUACAACCGGCCCAGUUGAUCAAGCUGACGAGUGGACAUUGAUUGACAAUGCCACACGAGAAUCUUACUUGACAUCAUACCACGAUGCCGGGAUUUCUCUUAUUGUAUCUGCUUUCGGGUCCACGGAUACGCCUACGACUGAUGGACUUGAUCCUGUGACCGUCGCCAAUAAUCUCUCGGCCUUCGUGAUGGAAUAUAAUCUCGACGGUGUCGAUAUUGACUACGAAGAUUUCGACGCCAUGAAUGCUGAAAAUGGAUCUGCAGAAACUUGGUUGACCACUUUCACCGAAACCCUCCGUGAAACGCUUACGCAAGGACAAUACAUCUUAACCCAUGCACCUGUUGCUCCAUGGUUCUCCACGUCGUACACUAGUGGAGCAUAUUUGGCGGUCAACAUGAACGUUGGAUCGUUAAUUGAUUGGUACAACGUUCAGUUCUACAACCAGGGUACAACUGAGUACACAACGUGUACUGGCCUCCUUACGGAAUCAUCCACGACAUGGCCAAACACUUCACUCUUCCAGAUUGCGGAAGCAGGAGUUAGUUUAGACAAGUUGGUCAUCGGCAAGCCAGCCACUACUGCGGAUGCGACCAAUGGCUAUAUGAACACCACCCUACUCGCCGAGUGUGUGGAAACCGCCUACGAAGAUGGAUGGGAUGCUGGCGUUAUGGUGUGGGAGUUCCCCGACGCUGCAGCAGCUUGGAUUGAAGCUGUGCGAGCGCUCGCAUUCCCAGAAUAAACAGCGCCUGUGACUCCUUACUCUGUCGCUGUAAUUUAUAUAAGUAGUUCAAAGUAAC